CUCUUCUUUUCUCUGCAUACAGGGAAGCAGCUGGAUGGCAUCUGGCAUACCUCCAUAAUAGUCCAUAAGGAUGAGUUCUUCUAUGGCAGUGGGGGAAUCUCCAGCUGUGCACCUGGAGGGACACUUCUUGGCCCCCCAGACUCUGUUGUUGACCUGGGGAACACUGAAGUCACAGAAGAAAUUUUUCUGGAAUAUCUUUCCUCUUUGGGGGAAUCCAUGUUCCGAGGAGAGUCUUAUAACCUCUUUGAACAUAACUGCAACACCUUCAGUAAUGAAGUGGCACAGUUCCUGACAGGAAGAAAAAUCCCUUCCUACAUCACUGACCUCCCAGCUGAAGUUCUUGCCACACCUUUUGGACAAGCUUUAAGGCCCCUCCUGGACUCCAUCCAGAUCCAGCCACCCGGAGGAAAUACCUUCAGCAGACAUAAUGGACAGAGCUAACAGGAGUGACCCAGUGUGCCCAGCCUCACCAGGCCUCUUCCUUUUUAAACAUGAAUCUACCAGAUUUCUAUUUUAUAAUUUCCCAUCAGAAUUAACUCUACAGAAGUUAUAAGACAAGUUUUGAAAUUUCUUAGGGAGAGGAUUUAUCAGGGUGCAUGUAAGACAAUGCUACCAAAAAGAUUGCCAUAAUUUCUAAUAGUAUUGUACUAAUUUAUAAAGGCUGUCUUGUCUGAGUAGGCUGACACUUUCUGAGUAACUCCCAUGCUGGUAAGAGGGAAUUCAUUCCAAGAGCAUUGAAGGGCCCAUUAUAGAAUUUACAGUAAAUAAGGGGAUGUCCUAGCCAUCCCUUACA